AAAGUUGUAGUUGAUUUAAUAAUCUAUUUUUGGAACGAUUUCUGAAGACUACCUUGUUUCCACACUUCAUUUCCCAGGAGUCCACCGGAUCGUGUUGUUCAUGAGUGACAGGUAUAUGGGCGAAUCCGCUUCGAAGUUGUUUGUUGUUGGGCGGGACUGUAGAACUUCAAACCUCUCCGCAGCUGCGCAGUGGGUUACUGCGCUCACAGCUGUAACUACACAUUGACCCCAGGGAGUCAGAUACGGAGCUUUGGACAAAUAAACCCUUAUUCAGAAAUGGAGUUGUUGCUAAAGAUCGGCAGGUAGACAUAAGGCUUUUUUUCCACCUCUGCUGCUGCCAGUGUGAAGCUAAAUUCCAGACAUUUUCACCCACACAGCAAGCUAACUACAGCUGUCCACUCCUGCUACUCCUUCUCCAUACCUGUUCGCUGCCUCAAGUCAUCAAGAUGUAUCAGAUUGUUCCAGUGGCUCCUGGGGAGCAGCAGAUGGCAGGGGGAGCUGGAUCCUCUCCACUAAAGAAGAAGCUGUCUCAUGAAGGCCGACCCCUGGUGAUGGCAGGAAUGUUAGGCUGUGUGCUGGUGCUGGCUGCUGUGGUCGCCUGGUGCUACUACUCAGCGUCUCUCCGUAAAGCCCAGCUGCUCAAAACUGAGUUGUUAGACCUCAACAAGGACGGUUUUAUCAUCCGUAACCAGGCAGAAGCUGUCAUCUUCACUAUGACCUUCAGGUCUGGCACUCUGGAUCUGGACUCCUGCUCAAAGGAGGGAAGUAUUCUGAGCUGCACACGGUCAGAUUCAGGCAAGCUAAACUUCUUUAUCCAGACAGUUCGACCAAAGGACACAGUGAUGUGUUACCGUGUUCGCUGGGAGGAGCUGCAAAAUAAGCGCUCAGUGGAGCAUGCUAUGGCCUAUAAUGAUUCUCACUGGUAUGGGGGAGCAGAGACAGCAACACAGUACUGGCCUAUCAGGAUCCAGGGUGAGGAGGAACCACAGCCUUUCGUCACCAGUGACGUCUACUCCAGUCGGAACGCUUUUGGGGGAAUUCUAGAACGCUAUUGGCUGUCAUCGAAUGCAACUGCGAUCAAGAUUAACGACUCAGUGCCAUUUCAUUUGGGCUGGUCAGAGAAGGACAGGACACUCAGGUUCCAGGCCCGGUAUCAGGACUCCCCCUUCAAACCACCAGUGGGACAGGAGGCCUUACCUGAACUCAGCUAUAGAGUGUGUGUGGGGUCAGAUGUUACAUCAAUUCACAAAUACAUGGUCCGUCGGUAUUUCCCAAAACCUAUCAAGGUCCCAUCUGCUGAAGUGUUCAAACAUCCAGUGUGGUCCACAUGGGCUCUCCACAAAACAUCUGUAACUCAGGAGAAGCUGCUGCGCUACGCCACUGACAUCACCAAGCAUGGCUUCACAUGCUCCCAUCUGGAGCUGGAUGACCGCUACACUGCUGACUAUGGAGAGUUUGACUUUGAUCCGCAGAAGUUCCCCAAUGCCAGUGGCAUGUUUGACAAGCUCAGAGAGGACGGGUUUCAGGUGUCCCUCUGGACACAUCCAUUUAUCAACUAUGACUCCAUUAAUUUCGGUGUUGCUGUGGAGAAAGGGCUGUUUGUUCGGGAGCCGAGCGGUGAGCUCCCUGCUCUGGUUCGCUGGUGGAAUGGCAUCGGAGGAAUCUUGGACUUUACAAACCCUGAAGCCCGUGAGUGGUUCUCCUCACAUCUGCGCAUGCUCAAAACCCAGUAUGAUGUGACCUCCUUCAAGUUUGAUGCAGGAGAGACGAGCUACCUCCCCCACCAGUUCAGCACCCUGGUCCCACUUUCUGACCCCUCCACCUUCACCCGCCGCUACACAGAGAUGGCCAUACCCUUCAGUGAGCGUGCUGAGCUGAGGGUGGGUUACCAGAGUCAGAACAUCUCCUGCUUCUCCAGGAUCAUUGACAGAGACUCAGUGUGGGGCUAUGAGCUUGGCCUCAAGUCCAUCAUCCCAACUGUUCUGACGAUUAGCAUUCUAGGCUACCAGUUUGUCUUACCUGAUAUGAUAGGAGGAAAUGCAUACCCCAACCGCACUGCAGGUGGUUUAGAUGGCAAAAAUGGCCUGCCAGACAGAGAGCUGUACAUCCGAUGGUUGGAGCUGUCAGCGUUUAUGCCUGCCAUGCAGUUCUCUAUACCACCAUGGGCCUAUGACAAUGAGGUGGUACAGAUAGCGCUCAAGUUCACACAGCUUCAUGAGACUCUGGUGGCCCCAAGGGUUCUCGAACUGGCAGGCGAGGUUCUUGACACAGGAGACCCAAUCAUAAGGCCCCUGUGGUGGAUCGCCAAUGAUGACCAGGCCGCCUACAAGAUUGACUCUCAGUUUCUGAUCGGGGAUGACCUGAUGGUGGCUCCGGUGUUAGAGCCAGGAAAGCAGGAGAGGGACAUCUACCUGCCUGCAGGACGAUGGAGAAGCUACAAGGGGGAACAUUUUGAUAAAGGCCCCAUUUACCUCACUGACUACCCUGUGGACCUGGAUGAGGUAGCUUACUUUACAUGGGUCCACUGAUGAUGCUAAGGAGUUAAAGGCACAUAAACUUGCGCGUGCACACACACACACACACACACUGAAUGCGCACACAUUCUUGUGAGCACACAUGCCAAGAAAUAGCAGGAGGUGUUUUUCAAAGGGAAAUGACCACUGGGGGUGGUUGGGGAUCUGUUGCCACAGCAGAGUCAGAUUAUAACUGUCCACCCAAAGAAUUAGAAAGAUACUUGUAUUUACUUCUGAUUCUCUUGUUCCAUACUUAAGCUGAUCCUCAUAAUCAUGUGCCUUCCACAGCCAAUAGUAAAACCGAUCUCAGAUUGUAUCAUCGCUGUAGUCUUCCGCCUAAUAGAUGCCUAGAUUACAAAUUUCCUUUGAACCCUGAGUGCCGUAGCUAGACUGGUUUUGGUUUUAGGGUGAGAGUUGAUCUUAUCUUCUUCUGUGUGAAUUUUAUUUCUGGGUUGGGAACUGAACCGGCAAUAAACCUGCACUCUGAGUUGGACAGAUGCACCCCUUUGCAGAAGGCAUGCCUAACCAUAAGUCACCAUGGUGUGGUAUGGUGAUUUUACCUUCUGAACUACCUGUUAAAGCUAACGUUCAUUCGUUUUAAUGCAAUGAACAACAAGAUGUAUCUCAUUUGUUAUUCUCUUGCUCUUUAUAUUUAUUUAGUUUUAUCAACUCCAUUGAUUAUCUUUCUUUUGAUUAAUAGAUAUUAUUUUAGUGUAAAUACAGUAAAUUAAUGUGACCCUGGGUUUAAUUUGGGGGUACUCUCCAUGAUCAACAGACUGCAAAUAUUUUUAUGUCAACAUUCCCUGAACUGUAGUGCCACUUCGUCAUUUCAGUGCCAAAAUCUACUGUUUUAUACUUUUUCAUCUUUCAUCUAAAUUCACAGCUCAGGGUAGAUUUAAAAGAAAACAUUGGUAAUGUUAGAAUUAAUUUUGUUGAUCUGCAGCAACAAAUAGAUUUAUUAAACUACUGCUACUGGUUUGCCUUGUAAAACAAGUAUUGUUCUCAAAGAUGCCAUACUUUAAUGUGCCGUCCAUGUCUGCCUUGUGAUUUUAAUUUGCCUUAUCAGCUGAACCAAGGUAUAGCAGCCUUAGCACAGAGAACCUGUGGGAAAAUAAAACACUCACUUUGGCACAGUGAUAUGCUUGAUGCACUGCACUUUCACGUUUUUUGACCAUUUUUAUUAUAAAAUGAGAUAUCUGCUAUCUGAAUAUAAUGUUUGUCUGUCAGCUCUUACCCAGUGAUUGCUGGCAUAAGAGUGAAGCACACUACUGGUUAAGUCAUCUAAAUGUUUUGCUUAAAAACAACUAUACUAUGUAAGAUAGAGUCAACACAAACACACACACACAUACACACAUAUAUAUAUAUGAGCCAAAGUCAAAUGUUCAACUUGGAAUAAUAUCACUAACGGUUAGACAGUACCACUGUAAUUUCACAAUACUUCUAUUUUAUAAUUUGUACAUAGAUAACAAAACGUCAAAUGUGAAAUGUUCGAUAUGCACCGACAAACAUCAUUUAAAGGGAUUUGAAAGGGUAUUUUGUCAAAACACUGAAUAUAUGUAGUGACCCAUGAUUUGAAGUUGGACACUUUUGUGAAAUCCAUCCAGAUAUUACCACUGUGAUACAACAGAGUUUGAAAUGAUAAAGGAGACAUGUUUAAGUGAAUGAGUAUGUAGAUGCCAAAGAAAACAUGAAAAGGGUUGUUGUGUUUUCUUUAUACAUACAAACAAUUGAACUGAAUUGAAUUAUUCUUAAUUUUGACUAAUAGGAUUGUUUUGUUGCUUUAAAAAAAUUGAAAGAAACAAGUUCCAACAUGAAACAGUGUUUUUUUUAUUAGGAAAAUUAUUAUGUUUUAUGCAACAGGAUUUGUAUGAAAGGCUAUAUAUGAUCAAUGGCACACAUAGUGAUCUAAUUGAUUUGGAGCACAACAAUUGAUGUGCAGAAGUAUUAGACCUACUUAGGAAAGUGCAUCUAUGGUUCAAUUUAUUUGUUUCCGCAACAUAUAUUUACAGGAUUUUAGCACUGUCUGUCUUUUGUCAAAAGUCUACUGCCUCUCCUCUCUUCUGUUUUUAGUGUCUACCAAAUAGAAAAACACAAUUCCUUGUGGCAACAACAGUUUUUAAAAUACUUACAAGGUAUUGUCUUCUGAUGUUUUUAGGGGGGGGGGGGGGGGGUGUCUUUGUUUAGGUUAAAAAAAAAGUGCUUUCAGUAGCCUCCUUCAAUGGAAUGAUUCUGCAGCAAACAAGGGAAAUAAUAUAGAAGAGGACAUAAUAUUAUUUUAUUGUGCAACCAUAAUAAACACCAGAUGUGCAUCUCUGGACCAGUAAAAUGUUCAGGCUCCUGUGAUAGUGACAUCCAUUUUUGUUGAUGAGAUGGUUACUGGCAGAUUUUGUCUGCUGUACUCUGCUGUAUAAAAGUAAAAAAGAUACCCUGUAGAGCUUGGAACCUCUGGUGGCACUAGGUGGUAGUGUUGUAAUAAGUGUUAAUUUUGCUCAUCUCCUGCCAAAGGACUCGCAUGUGCAUGUCAUAGUGUUCAUUCCUGCCAAUGCUUUCAAGCUGUUCACUGAUAAACGGUUGCCAAUAAUAGUAAGAAAUGCUACAGGGCACCACUGAAAUGCAUGGAAGAAGAAACUUCAAGUUAGCAAAUAUGCAUGUGAACAAUACAGGAUUUAAAGCACAUUAGCAAGUUUUAAAGCAAGUUAGUCUGCUUUGGAAAUACCUUAAGAUAUGGGAAAUUGAUUUAAAUCAUUUGUAAGUUUUCAAGGAUAUGCACAUUGUCAGAAAAGAUGAAUGGAAACAUUAACUUUGUUUUUUUUUUUUUUGUUUUUUUUUUUUUUAAGAAAACUCUACAGGGUACCUUUAAUUUACUCUAUGUCAUGUAGAAUUUAAUAUGUACAAAGAGAAAAACCACAAGACAUGAGUGGACACAAAUUAAUCUAACUGCUAUCUGGCAGACAAAGCAUACACAUUUAACCUAAGAUACAGCAAUAUGGAAAUGCCCUUUCUGCUCCUCUAUGUUUUCGGUAUUUUGUAGUAUGCUAAAGUGAUUCAGCUGCACACUAAUAUGGUAAAUAAAAUAGAUUAACUAAAGAAAAAAAUUAAAAGUUCUGUUUGAACAAACAUUUGUUAGAAAUACACAAACUUUGUUCAUGUUUGCCAUGACACUCUUUAUUGUCCAUCCAGCAGGUUUGUUUGCCUUCACAGUGACAAACCGAGGAGUGCACAUGCAAUAACAAUUAAAUUCGUCAUUUUUUGUCAGCAUGUGUCCUGUGUUCUCUGUUAAGAAAACAUCAGUACCCUGAGAAGUGGAAUAUCGUAUGCAAAUCUUCACCUU